AUGUUAUGCUCGAAACCGAAACUACCAUGGUGUGUUUUCGACGACUUUAACAAAUUGUUGGAGGUGGGUGAUAAGAGUGGAGGGGUGCCGCAGGCCCAUAAUCUCAUGCAAUCGUUUCGAGAGGUGCUUGACGAAGGUGGUUUUGCUGAUCUUGGAUACAUAGGACCGGAUUUCACUUGGCAUGGCAGACGGAGGGAAGAGUUGGUUUGGGAGUGGUUGGACAGGGGCGUUGCUAACUACGAGUGGCUUGACCAGUUUCCCACAGGCAGAGUUGAACAUCUUCACUGCUUCAUGUUUGAUCACAGACCUCUGUUACUCUCCCUUGACCCUAAUGGGGAAAGCCAUAGAUGGAAGCGUAAACCAUUUCAAUUUGAAGCGAUGUGGACAAUAGACCCGAGAUGCAAAGACACGGUUUCUAGAGCAUGGGCAACCCAAGUGGAUGGUACUCCGAUGCAUGUAGCGGCUGGAAAACUAAAGUGGUGCAAGAAAAAGCUGAAAAAGUGGAGUCGGCACCACUUUGGUAAUGUGAAAAAAAAAAAAAAAGAUAAAGGAAACAAAGGAAUUACUGUGGCAAGCAGAAGCAAAUUCGGUGAGAGAUGGGAACUAUCAGGAAGUGGCAACAUUGAAGACAGAGCUUAA